AUGAACUGCAAAAGCAGAGCUUUUAUUAAUGAAGAUAAGCUUCAGGUUUCAACUGUUCUCAGUUGCAGUUCAAGAAAAACAGACUUUGAGGUGCUGCUUGCUAAAAGUACCAUGAAAAAAAAAGCAGAAACAACAUCUGAGGACCUGCACUUAAUUUUUCAAAACACUUUAAGUGAAUUUCCUGCAGUUGUUUCUGAAUCGGUUAGUUUUCGUCAAAUUAUCCAAAGUCUUCAGAAAGGGAAAAGGCUAAAUGAGCCUUCAAACCCAAAAUCACCUAAUGAAGCUGGUAAAGUUCUGAACGACAAAGAAUGCCAUCACUACGGAGACAUUUUCUUGGGAUCAGUUGAACAAGGACUACAGAAUGCUUUAAAAAUAACUUGGAGUGAAAGCUUGGUGAAUGUUUGCAGGUUUCAUUUCGAAAAUGCAAUCACCAAGCAAUUAGCAAUUCUUGGUCUUCAGAGGGAAUACCGCCACCAAAUUCAAGUAAAGAAGUGGGCACGAAAAGUUUCAGCACUUUGUCUCCUUCCUGCAAACAAGAUCAUGGUUGCUUGGGGAUCUCGAGUUAUUGAGAUUGCACAAUUUAGUCGUGAAAUCAAAAUCAAACUACUUGCUUUUAAAAGGUAUUUUGAGAGUUAUUGGCUCAAUAUAGUGAUCCCGGAAGGAUUCAGUGUUUAUGGCUUGAACCACAAAACCAAUAACAAUGCAGAGAGUCUCAAUAGACGUUUGAAAUCAAACAUGGUGACUGACAUAGACGAUUUUGGCAGUUUAUGA